ACGUCGCUGCACCGUGUUGUGUGGCUUUAGCGCUAGCAAGCUAAAGUUUAUGUUUGAUUCCUGAAUAAUGUAGAUAAAAAAACGUAUGUUCUUUGUUAAGAAGUGCUGCAUUUAAAUAUCGCUUUCUUCAUUUAUGAUACGAAGCGUUUCGAGAAAGGGAGAACGAUGACAGAUCUGUCAGGAUCUCUCAGCAGAGAAGGAUGGCACCUCACUGAUGCUGGGAUAGCACAACUCAAAGGCACGAAUGAGAAGGCUUCCCACAAUGACAUCAUCCGUAUAGCGCUUGAUAGUGAUCUGAGACCGAUCGGCCGGAAGGUGCUUCCUUCAGAGAUCAACAGUGGAAAAGUUGACAAGGUAGAGGGACCAUGUGUGCUGCAGGUGCAGAAGGUGAGGAACAUCGCGGCCCCUAAAGAGCAGGAGCAUUCCCAGGCGGCGCCCCGCAUGCUGCGCGUGCACAUGACAGACGGACACACCAGCUGCCCAGCGCUCGAAUACAAACAGCUGUCCAAGAUCAGUUUGAACACCCCUCCUGGAACGAAGGUGAAGCUACUUGGUACGGUCCAGGUUAGAAAUGGCUUCCUGCUCCUGGAGGAUUCCAAGAUUUGCGUCCUGGGAGGGGAGGUUCAGUUCAUGGUGGAGAAAUGGGAACUGCAGAGGAGUUUGGCCAAACACAGCCGGAGUAACAUCGGAGCAGAAGGAGGACCUCCGCCCUUCGUACCGUUUGGACAGAAGUGUGUGAGGCAGGAGGUGGUGGACAGUAAGGCCCUGGACCGGAGGAAGACCCUUCAGAGCCCCACCCCCCUCAAGCCCGAGGAGAACGAGCAGUUUGAGAAGCAGCGCACGGCCGCCAUUGCUGAGGUUGCCAAGACCAAGGAGGCUCCUCGCACAUUUGGCGGCGGGGGAAAUGCUGGCGGGAACCUGAUUAGCAGUGGCUCCUCCUACCGCGGCCGAGACUCCCACGCGUACCGCCAACGAGAGGAUCGGAGCGAGUGGACGGAGAGGAGCGACAGCCGACAAGAUGGGAACUACAGGGAGCCAGGGAGGGAGAGCAGACAGGAUGGGAACUACAGGGAGCCGGGGAGGGACGUCCGACAAGAUGGGAACUACAGGGAGCUGGUGGAUGAGCGGGCCCUGAAGGACAUCAUGGAGAUGGGCUUUGAUAAGGAGGACGCUCGGGUGGCUCUGAUGGACCACAACAACAACUUGGAGGCUGCUCUGAAUAGCCUGCUGACUGCAGCCACUAGCCCUGCCCCUAGCCCCACCCCUAGCCAGGCCCCAAGUAGACACGGCUCGUCCUACGACAUGCACGGGUCCGACCCCGGCAGGCCCCCACCCAGGGGCAGGGGCAGGGGCAGGGGCAGGGGGAGAGGGCGGUCGAGGGGUGAGGAUGAAGAAGAUGGAGAGGGAGCAGGUGGAAGGCCGUCUGGACCAAGCACGCUGUUCGACUUCUUGGAAUCAAAGAUAGGAUCGUUCUCCAUCAAUGAUUCUAAGCCCCAGGAGCCAGCAGGGAGGCCCCAGGACGGGAGAUCUUCCUUCUCCUCCUCCUCGGACUUCCACUCCUCUUCCAGAGCCUCUUUUUCCCAGCGGACCCCCAGACCCCCACGCUUCAACAGGGACACAGACUUCCCCCGGCCUGGCCAAGACCCUCACGCCACCUCCACGGCCCACCAGGGCUCCACCCACUGGCCUGGCCCCGACAGAGGCCCUCGUGGUGGGACCGACCGCUUGCCCAGCGGCCGCAGGGACUUCCAGAACGACCACAACACCAGCACCUCUUCCUUUUCAUCAUCCACGUCUGUGCUCGGCCAGCCCAAGGUUCCCCCGCCCCCACCAACCUCACGCUCAGAGAGCUUCCACCAGCCGGCCCCACGCUCAGAGAGCUUCCACCAGCCGGCCCCACGCUCAGAGAGCUUCCACCAGCCGGCCCCACGCUCAGAGAGCUUCCACCAGCCGGCACCACGCUCAGAGAGCUUCCACCAGCCGGCCCCACGCUCAGAGAGCUUCCACCAGCCGGCCCCACGCUCAGAGAGCUUCCACCAGCCGGCCCCACGCUCAGAGAGCUUCCACCAGCCGGCCCCACGCUCAGAGAGCUUCCACCAGCCGGCCCCACGCUCAGAGAGCUUCCACCAGCGCAAUGCUCGCAAUGGAGAAGUUGGCGCAGGGGAAUCGAACCACCGAAGAGGCCCCAGAGAGAACUCUGCGAUGCCCAAGCUCGGUGAGCCACCAGCGCCUGAGGGCAGGGGGGCGGGAGUGACGAGACGCAGCGACUACAGAGCCGAAGAUCCCGGUAGGAGGCGAGCGGGGAGGGGGGACCGACCGAUCUCGUGGACGGAGACGCCCGCCGCGGUGACCGACCAGGACGUCGGGGGCGUGUCCCGGGACACACGGCCCAAUAGGGGUGCUGAUCCUGCCCUCAAUGGGGACUGGGAGCAGAGGAGAACCGGGCCCAUCAAACCUGACGUCACGGCGACGCCCUUCCGUAGAGAAGACCCUCCCCCCCAGGCCAGGAGGAUCCCCCCACACACGGGACCCAUCAAACCCGACAUCGUCGCAGCGCUCCCCAGAGACGCCCCUCCUCCCAAGAGAACGGCCUCCCAGAGAGGGCCCAGCCAGGGAAGGCCAGGCCAAAAGCCAGUCCAGGACAAAAUCCAAGGUCCUAAGGGGUCGGAGAAAGGUCACACGGGGGAGUCAUCGUGGAAACCAGGAGACCAGUGUAUGGCACCCUACUGGGAAGAUGGCAAGUUCUACCGAGCGAGGAUCGAUGCGGUGCACGCCUCCGGCUGCACAGCGGUGGUGGUCUUCAGCGACUUCGGCAACUGUGAAGAGGUCCUACUGCACAGCAUCAAAUCUGCAGCCCCGGGCCCCUGGGAGGAAGACGACGGUUGCUAUGACGACUCGAUGGAGUUUCGUGACGGCGGCGACGGACAGAUGCGGACGGCUCGACCCACGCAGCAAUAUUACCAGCCCCCUCGGGCGCGGGACUAGCCACGCCCCCCAGCUAGUCAGCCACGCCCCCACCCCGAAAGCGCCAGUAGGUUACAUAAGGGCUGAGCUCAACACCUUGUUAAAACAAGACACGAUCACAGAACUGUUUGCACGUUGGCAUCCCGGGUGGGGAAAAUAUGUAGCAUUAUUAAAAUGAUAACUCGUUUUUGUGAUGUGUUAUUAAAGUGCACGCAUAAACCAAAAAACUCACUUGAACUUGACAUAACUGAAGCCAAGACAAACUCUAGCGAGUGGAAGUGGAAUCAAAAUUUUGCCACAUAUUUAUUUAUUCUCACCUUCAAGUUGCACUUGGAGGUUAGCUUAAUGUGUGCUACCAUUGUACCAAACGUUUCCUAUCCAUAUGGUAGAGAAGAUACAGCAGGUAGGAGCUUCUAAAGUCCCCUCUUGUGAUCACCUGAAAUGCAGACAGGGUACCAGGUGAUUUCUGACUAUUAAGCUCCAUAUAUUUGAUGAAAAAUAGUUUGAAAGGUCUUAAGGUUCUUUAUGUACAAGCAGAUGUGCCUAAUGAUUGGUAGGCACAGGAUAACCACUACUAAUCCCUUAGUGCAGUACGAUGCCCUGACAUCCACCGGGACACAGAUAUAAAAAUCUGCUUCAGAACUAGAAAUUGCGGUCUAAAACAGGUCGGGAGCCACUGUUUUAGUGUAUGGUCAACCAAUAAUAAUCCCAGCCCCCACCCACACAGCUGAGGCUCUUGGGAUGCAUUGGGGCACAGACUUGUAUAACUUCACAGAAGUUGACAUUACAGGAGAUGGUUUACAUGGAGUAAGGACGUUUUUUAAAGAAGCAUUUUAUUGUGUGCUUAGUAAUCACCUGUUGUUUUUUUCUAUCAAUCUAUAUCCACACUUGUUUCAGUGAGAAAGAAACACUCUUUCCUCGAUGUUCCCGAGUUCUUCCUGACUAACGAAGGCUCCGCAUCUUCCCAAAGAUGGAGAAGACUUUUUCAAAGGGCUUUGGACAAGAGCUAAACUAAUAACCUGACGUCAAUUUCCAAGGACUUUGUUACGGACUCUUAUCUCUUGUAAAUUGUAUGCGGGUUUAUAGACCGCCUGCAUCAUCAUGUUAAUAAACUACAGUUGCAAAUAUCUGCCAUGUCUAUUGUUAAGUUUCUGUGCCCUAUGGAAUCCGCCAGGUUUUAAAAUGACUGCCUUCCUCUUUCCUUCUCGGGGUCGGGUAGAUAAGCUAAUGAAGUUUUGGAAUUAAAUUACCACCUCGGAUAAACUAAAUUACUCCAUCAGAUAAGGUAAAAUCCAUCCCAAACUUUGGUCGAAAAAGAUUAGACUAUAAAAUAAUGUCUGCGGUGCAUUUCCUAAUCAUUCACAGCCUUAAAGAUGUUCAAUGGUUUUAUAUAUACUCCCAGCCAUCUAAUGACUUAUUCAUUGGCUUUAAAACGCUGUCGCCGUUCACGCCUAGAGAUCGAUUCCCCGCGCUCAUUUGUCGUGUUCUGCCAAGCAAAUCCGUUGGGUAAGACAAUCUGGUCCGCCUGUAAUGGAGAUGCUCGCGGUGGAGAUAUCAUUUUGCACAUUACAAAAGGGACUAUCGCUACCCCUUCGACCGUGCAGCACACACAGUACCAACGCACACACACACACACAUCCGCAUUUGGACGGCCAUUUCCGAGCUUUCGCCAUUCAACACGUUUACACAUCAUGAAACAAUCGUGGCCCGCCGCUGGGGUGGAGCAGACAAAGGCGGCAGGGUUCAGUGGGAGGGUCAGCCUGAUAUUCUGUGUCCCCGGGCUGCAGGAUUUGUUUUCUCCUCCCAGUGGCCGCAGAUAAAUAAUUGACAGGAGGUAAUAUGGAAACCUAUUGAACAGGAAGCACUGAAAGUGAAGAGUGGGAGGGAGGAGGAGAGGGAUGAGAGAGUUUCCUAAUGCCUCUGUAAUACCCUCCGGUGUGUUCCCUAAAGAAUCAUGUUGGAUGCAAGGAGCUGAUUUUUUGAUGACGUUUGGAUUUAAUUUGGGAUUAUAAUUUGGGAAAUUGAAUAUAGAGGUUUGUUCUGCGUUUUGGUGGAUUUUUUCAUUAAAAGAUGAAGACGAGGAUUGGAUUGGCUUCUCGAUUUGUUCAAUAAUCCAUGUAGUUUGAUCUUCCACUGUAUUCAUAUUUUAGUUAUUCCACCUGGACAUUGCUGGAGAACGCUUUUUCACUGGGACAAGAAACUGUUUUAGUGGCUCAAUUUAAAACAUUAAAGGCUGAAAACGACUUGCAACACAUUACGAUUAUAAGCGAGCAUAAAAAUGGAAGGCUAGCAUCAUAAUCUCGCAGAUCCCCCUUUUGAAGGCAUACAAUGACCGUAGUCCAGCAGCUAAGUUUCUGCACUUGUUACUGCUGUCCAAUAUCUAUGCAGACUGGCAGGGAAGGAGCACGGUUUGCUAACCGACAGAGCAGCGCUGUUCUGUCAUGAAGUGGCCUGGUAAUGAAGCUGUCCUUUUUUAUGACUUGUUUGAUCGAUUGUUCACAUGAAAUUUCUAAGUUGUGAACGGUUCACAAAUUAUCAUGUUUCCUAUCUCCAUCAGAUGUAUGGCAAAAGUCAUUGUUAUAAUACCACUAUUGCCCUAACAGGGAGGCAGUUUGCUGAUUUACUGAUGACAACCGCAAAAGGAUGCCUAUAUAUGCCCACUCAACAGAAUCAACACAGCUGCAAGACGGCAUUGUAAAAAUCGAAAUAUCUGCCAAAAAAAUCGACUUAAACGCCAUUGCUGACUACUGCGGACGUAGCUAGGUCUCUUAGGGUUGUCCCAUUUCACGAUGGAUGAUUCAACCAAUACAUCUUGUAACUCUUUUCAGAGGGGCAGGUCGAAAAGCCGGUGGCACUCAAAAGAGUGUUAGGGCUAAAAGUAGGAAAUGGGAUUGGGCCUUCGACUCCCAAAGGUCUACAAAUAACCUCCAGAGUGUAGCUUGGAGUCUGCAAACAAUCUCUUCAAUUCUGUCUCUCCAUCCCUCCACCAUCGCAUUCACAGCAGCUUGUUGUGCUGCCUUAAGCAGAUCUGCAACAUACUCUCUGACAUCACUUCCUGUUUGGAGGUUUCAUUGAAACUCAAAGAACCGUACAGGCUUAUUUAUACUUGCU